UAAAUGCAAUCACUUUUAUUUAUCCAAUUUUUAUGAAGCCUUAUCAUCCCCUCUCCAAAAUUAGAGUUUGACCUCAACCGUAUAAGCCAGUAGAAGUAUAUUUUCCCUCAAAUUCUGACUUAGAAUCCCUUAGAAAUACUGACUACUGUUUUGCAUCUUGCAGCAGCAGGAGCAGGAGCAGGAGCACCAUUUCUUAGCCCAGACAGAAAAAUAAAUUAAUGAUUUCACCAUUGCUCUGAAAAACCCUCUAGAAAAAUAAGCUACGACUUCUUCCUUUUUCUUGUUUUGCUUUAAUUUCCUCAUAGAGAGAGUUCUGAUUUGUUUGCUUUUUGUUGUGUAAUUAGCUUUUGUUUUUUGGGUCCUUUUUGGAGGGAUUGGUAUUUUUUGUUGUUGUUCUGAUGGAGGAUUCCUCGGACCAGUGCAAGCUGUUUGUGGGAGGGGUUUCAUGGGAGGCGACGGAGGAUGUCCUGAGAGAACACUUUGCCAAAUACGGCACCGUUUUGAGUUCGGUGAUAGCCAAGGAUAGGCUAACCGGUACCUCCAGAGGAUUCGCUUUUGUUUCGUUUUCUGACGCUGCUGCCGUUGAUUUAGCCCUUCAGGACUCCCAUGAGAUUCGCGGAAGAACGGUAGAAGUGAAGAAAGCAAUACCCAGGGGUGAGCAACACCAAAGCAAACAGCCACAGAGUAGGGGUUUGGGUAGGAACAAUAGAACUGAUGGUAGUAGGAGUGACAAUCAGUUUAGGACUAAGAAGAUUUUUGUAGGGGGUUUGUCCGCUAAUUUAACUGAAGAAGAAUUCAAGAGUUAUUUUGAGAAGUUUGGUAGGAUUACUGAUGUUGUUGUGAUGCAUGACAAUGUGACUCAUAGGCCCAGGGGCUUUGGCUUCAUUACGUUUGCAUCGGAGGAUGCAGUUGAGGAAGUGGUGCAGAAUAAUUUUCAUCACUUGAAUGAUAAACUAGUAGAGGUGAAGAGGGCUAUACCUAAAGAGGGCAAUAACAAUGUUAAUGGGCAUAGCGGAAGGGCAGAUAAUGGUAGAGGGUCUAACUACAGUCUUUAUCCUCAAGGGACUUAUCCCCUCUAUAAUCCUAGGUUUGGGAUGUUUCCUAGUUACAGUUCAGUUCCGGGAUAUGGAGGUCUUUUAGGUUACCCUUAUGGGCCGACUAUUUAUGGUGGCAAUUAUCCUUUCGGAACGUAUAUGGGUGUUGGUUACGGAGUUGUUCCACUGCCUGGUUCAUGGGUUGGUGGUGCUACGGCAGACAAUGCAGGAGGCUCUGACUAUAGCACAAUCUAUCCUUAGUUGUGGAUAUGGUGGAAAAUCGGGUUGACCGCUAUUAUUGAUGUGUAAAGAACAACUGAUUCAGCAUACUUAGGUUGACCAUUAUUUGCAGGUGACCUCUGCAUGUGCAUAAUGGUUUUGACAUACAAGGAUUGAAGCACUGAUGUUUAUAUCGUUUCUUGCUGUUUAUAUUGUUCUUGUUAUUGAAUCUUCUGUUCGGUAAAAUUUUCUGUUUGAAUUCAUGGGACAAUGUUUAACUCAUUUGUAAUAUAAUGAUUUCUUGAUAGAC